AUGACCCUUUCUAUGGCUUCUGCGGAGAGCGUGAACGAGGUGGGACCUGGAUAUGUCUUCAAAGAAGAAAUCCAUCUCACCGUCCUCAAAACCUCUCUCUUCUUCGCCGGCGAUGGCUUCACCGUCUACGAUUGCAAAGGUCAGCUCGUCUUCCGAGUUGACUCUUACGGACCCGACACUCGCGACAGAGACGAACUCGUUCUCAUGGAUCCUAACGGACGUUGUCUACUCACUGUUCGUCGAAAGAGGCCGAGUUUGCAUCAACGGUGGGAAGGCUUCAAAGGGGAGAGAAUGGACGGUGAUAAACCAAUCUUCAGCGUGAAGAGAGCGUCGAUCAUAGGACGGUCGCGUGCGAGUUUGACGGUGGAGAUGUACGAUAAGCCGGGCGAGGAGUACCAGAUCGAAGGGUGCUUCUCGCAGCGAUGCUGCACGAUUUUCAAUGUGACGAAGGAAUCUGUGGCUGAGAUUCGUCGUAAGGUGGACCCCACCACAAGCGUUGUGCUUGGGAAGGAAGUGUUCUCUCUUUGCGUCAAGGCGGGGUUUGACGCGGCUUUUGCCAUGGGAUUUGUUCUGGUCCUUGAUCAGAUCAACGGUGAGGACUACGUUGAUAAUGGUGCGACCACGGAGCCUGCGGUGCACCCAGCCGCAGAAGAUUGA